AUGAAGACUUCCGCCUUCUUCCUCCUUCCGCUUAUCCAAAGCGCCUUGGCCAUCGGCUUUUAUGCCAUUGAUGCCAACUGCAAUGAUGCCGAGAAAGCCGGUAUCGAAAAGGCCAUGGGCGCCGCUAUCGACCGGGCCAAGGCCGCUCGUGAUCGCCUAAGCAAUCCGGAUGACCUAACCGAUAGGGCGUUUAAAGUUGUCUUUGGUGAGAGCUGGAGCCAAAAGGGUCUCCAGGACCAGAUCAAUUUCGCCAAGAAUUUCAUGGGUGCGAUUGCCGAUAUUGGUAGGGAGCCUGUGACGACACCCCAGGCCUUCCUCUGGAGGCCAAGCGGUGGCCGCAACUGGGACAACAUUGAAAUCUGGUGCUCUGCCGACGACAAGCGCUUCGUCGCCAUCGAGGGAGCCACCGACGAGAGGGGCGAGCAGCUCUGGGAGGAUGCCAUCGCCAUCAUGAACCGGCCCCAGUGGGAGAACAAGGGUGUGGAGCUCCGCCGCCACGGCCACCGCGGCGAGGUCUACCAGCCGCCGGACGGCCUCGACAUGGACGCCGAGGCCGUGACCAGGCGCUACGAGAACAAGAUUGACCCCAACAGGCCCGCGACCUCGGACAACCUGCGCAGCGGUGGCAGGGCCGCCUCCAUCGACGUUUUCAAGACGUGGCGCGACCAGUGGUCCGCCAAGGGCUGGCCUAUCCUGACCCGCGAGUUUGUCGAGAAGGCUAGGCUGCCCGAAGAGCUUUCCAAGAUUGAGGAGGAGUGGAAGAAGCAGACCGACAAGGAAUUCAGGCAGGUCGAGGCCCUGAUGAUGCCGGAGCACGUUAUGCUUCACGAGCUCUUCCACACCAAGCACGGUGGCAGGAAGCAGGACAAGGGCACACUCGACCAUCCCGAUUGCUACGGAUUCUCCUGCGUUACUGCCAUCAAGCAGACUCAGAAUGCCGACUCAAUGGCCUACCUCGGCCUUCUGCUUCAGCUGCUUGACUGGGGAUACAUGGUGAACGCCGACGGUGUCAUCAUCAAGCACGCGGUCUAG